AUGAAAAACGGUCAACCAAAGACGGUGACAGAUCCAACACAAGCAUUUCUACAGACAUUUUUUGAAAUAGACAAAUAUAAAGAUGAAGUUGUUACUAAGAAUCAGGUGAAUGGUUAUGCAGAGACUAAGAAAUGGGAUAAAGAAAUUGUUCAGAAAUGGACGAACCUAUUCAGAUCAAGGAAUAGUGAUCGUAUAACCCUGGAAAAUAUUUGUGAUUAUCUUCGACUGAACAUAAAAGAAGUUCGUAAACAACGUGAUGCACCAGUGACCUCUGAGAAAUCGCCAAUAUCCUACAGUGAUAAUAAACAACUUGGCUCAGAUAUAGAAGUUAUCAUUGAUCAGAUGCCAAUGGAUAUGAAAAUUCCUAUUGUUAAUGAAUUUCGUAGAGUGCUUAGUAAGAAUAAUAAUGAUAAAACAGAAUUUGACGGAAUAAAGGCAACAGAGCAUAUGAAAAAUUUUAUGGACAAACGAUUUUCAUCCUCAUGGGUAGCACUCAUAGUAAAAGGUUCAUAUACGGCAACAUUUGUAUACUUUGAAGAGUGUUCAUUUCAAUUUCGUAUAAAUAAUUAUAAUUGUAUUGUAUGGAGAACAUUUAUUGGAUUUCAUUAAAUAAAA